GUCCACGCGGCGCGGCUCUGCUGGACUAAUUACAGCCCAAACUUUCCCUAAUGAGCCGCCGUGAGUGCGCGGCACCGGCCGGGCGCCUGUGGGGUCGGGCGCAGGUGGGAUGUCGGUCAGUCGUACAGAUGUGAAGGUGUUCUCAGGAUCUCCCCCCCUCUCCAUCUCCCUGUGUUUUAUGUCUGCGUCACAACAAGACGAAGGAGAGCGAGCCAGAGAUGAUGAUGGCGUCUCUCUCGGGCUGAUUCUCAUGCCGCUUCCCUGACAAACGCGCUCGAUAGCAUCAACCGAGAGACAGAGGGAGGUUGGGAACAUGAAGCAGAAGACAGACAGAGAGCGAGAGACGGACGGACGGACAGACGGUUGCGCACUGACGGCUUGAGUGACGCGCGUUUGAUCCGCCGCGACUCUCCAAACGCGCCGAUUAUUCGGGACAGUGAUUGAGACGCAGAACAACACCGGGCAUCCGGCGUUUCAUGCGAGUCUGACAUCUCUUCCCCGUCCCUGUGACCCCAGCGGAGCAGAACACUUUACACAGGAUGGGGGGAGUCAGUGAAGGAGAGGAUGUUUUAGCCAGGUGGAGCGAUGGACUUCUGUACCUCGGCAAUGUCAAACGAGUGGACAGCAUCAAGCAAUGCUGUUUGGUCAGAUUUGAGGAUAACUCUGAAUUCUGGGUCCUCAGGAAAGACAUCCACUCAUUCUCUUCAGGUGGAGAGGAUGUGUGCUGUAUCUGUGAUGCUCCGCCUCUUAAAGAACCUCUCAUAUACUGCCUCAAAUGUCGCCACGGUUAUCAUCCAGAGUGCCACACGCCGCCCAUAGAACCUGAAGUUGACCCCAACAGCUGGAUAUGUCGCCAAUGUGUCUUCGCAGUCGCUACAAAGAGAGGGGGAGCAUUAAAAAGAGGACGCUUCGCACGGCUCAUGCAGAUCAUGAAAGUGCGGCUGCCCUAUCAGCUGUCAUCUUUAGACUGGGACCCGCAGCACUUGACCAAUCAGCAGCAGUGUUACUGCUAUUGUGCUGGACCAGGAGAGUGGAAUCUGAAGAUGUUGCAGUGUGGGAGUUGUGGGCAGUGGUUUCAUGAAGCUUGCACUCAGUGCCUGACCAAACCUCUUCUCUAUGGAGACCGCUUUUAUCAGUUCCAGUGCUCAGUGUGCACAAAUGGUCCAGAGACCAUCCAGAGGCUUCCGAUGACCUGGGUAGAUUUGGCCCAUUUGGUGCUGUAUCACCUCUCCCUGUGCUGCAAGAGGAAGUAUUUUGAUUUCGACCAUGAAAUCAUGUCUUUUGCAAAUGAAAAUUGGGAAUCUUUGCUUCUUGGCACGCUGUCAGACACACCGAGGCAAGACCGUUGCCAAAACCUGCUCAAUGCUUUAAAUUCCCACAAAGACAGGUUUGUUUCGGGGAAAGAAAUAAAAAAGAAGAAGUGUCUCUUUGGUCUUCAAGUUCGGGCUCCUCCCCCUCUGUCAUCGGACCAAUCACCUUUCAUCGCCGAACAGCCAAUCACCAUCACCCACAGGAGAAGCCCCACGUCACUGCCCUGCCAGCGGAGAGUGGUGGGUCCAGAGGCCCGGAAAUCAAAGCGCCGAGUGACUGAGACACAGACUUGUUCAACAGGAGGUACGACAAACGCUAUUGACCUGGUGCCAUGCUGCCACGGUUAUGUUGAUGAAACAAACCUGUAUAACCCUAGAAAACCAGAGGAAGAGAUGAGUUUGGGCUCACCUCCCAAGAGAAUGUAUGCGCUCUAUCACCCUUCAUACAACGGAUCUCAGGACCUGUCUAGAACUCUGCAUCAUUACAGUGCAGAGGACCCUUGUCGACUUCCAGCCCCCUGCCUUCCAUUCUCUCUGUCCUCGGCUCACCCAACCGGGCAGCGCUAUGAAAGCUGCCCGUCUCUCUUCCUGCAUGACGUGCCACCCUACCCCAGUACGGUCAGCAUGGGGGGGCCCACGCCGACGGGAUGGGGCGGGAGCGACGGCGUCAGGAUCCUGGCCAGACGCGUGACGGCAGAUGGGAAAGUCCAGUACCUCGUGGAAUGGGGAAAUGUGAGCGUGUACUGAGAUCCUGUGUGCGACGAAAGGGCUAGAGACAUCCAGAUGCAUCAUUAGGGUUUGCAUGGUUACGAGCAGAGGUGUGAAAGCAUCAAUGAACAGGUGGGUGUUCAGCACACAUCCAGCAAAUCCAGGUUGAGCUCCACAGCGGCUUCACUUUGAGAUUACACUGUUAAAUCUCUUACACUUUCUUUUACAGUGUCUCCUAUAUUUUGAAUACUGUUAGAAAACGCCUUUAGAAUGCCUUGAACUUUGUUAUCAUGAUUUGUAAUGUAUAAGCUAUUCAUGUUCUUCAUGUACACGUAACAGUCCGACAUUUCAGGAAAGCUUCAUCAUGCGGUCACAUCAGUAAUUGUAAUAUUUUAACAACAGGGAAGAAAGUUCUCAUUAUAGAAGUAUUCCAGGUUUAGUCCAAGUCAGACUCAAUCAACAGCAAUUACGGCAUAUUGUUAAUUACUAAAAUAUGGAAGAGAAGGAGGCCAGUCUGUUAAUGUUACAAUGCAAGUAGUAUACAAAAAAAAAUUUCUACAAUUUGAUCCUGUUUAUUCCAUGAUAAAUGCUUCACUGUAAUCUUGAUAUCUGCAACUGUUUAUGAUUUGUUUAUUUAUUUUAUAAAAUGUGGGAUUAAUGUUAUGCUGAACAUGCUGUUGAACUUGUAUUGAACCCUGGAAUAUUCCUUCAGUAGCAAGCAAACUUUUCAUGAUGGGUGGCAACCAAAAGAUUCAGAAUGCAUUCAAUACCCAUUUUUAACAUUAAGAGAUAUCUUUAAGUAAUAAUGAAAAAUGAUAAUAGUUUAUCAGCAUAUUUUAUUCAGAGGAGGAAUAUAAAUGAACAAAUUUAAAUGUCAUUUAAAUUUAAAAGUCUGUUCUAAAAUCUUUGGACCCUGUGCAGAUUACUAACUUCUGGAAGCCUAUUUCAUAAAACAAAAAAUGUGCUUUGGUAAAUCUAAAUUAAGAAAACAAAAUGACAAAAUGUCAUAUUUAUGAGAUGAGAAUUUAUAGUUUUGAAAAAAGUUACAAUUAGGAGAUGUCAUAGUUACGACAUAAACUGUCAAGUCAAAAUUGUGACAUACAAAAGUCAUAUUUAUGAGAUUAAAAAUAAUAAUUAUGGCAUU